GUUACUUACCGACAUUGACACUUAAAAUUGAAAGGAAAUUAGGAUAAUUUCAUUUAAUAUAUUUCUGCAAGUUGUUGCUCCGGGAAAUAAAUAAAAAGGUAGAUAUGUUAUGUAGACCGUUCAUUCUUUUCACAAUGGCUGCUGCUUUUACAUCAUUUUGUUUUUGGUUGUUUUCGUGCCUGUCUGUAAUUUCCCUGGCCAGGGCUGAAGAUCCUGACCAAUUCAUUUACAAUGGCUUCCGUGAUGCUAAUUUGCACCUUGAUGGGAAUGCCAAAAUCCACCCUACUGGUCGAUUGCAGCUCACCAACAUCACAAAACAACUAGUCGGUCAUGCUUUCCACCCAUCUCCGAUAAACUUCAACGCUUCAUCCCCAAGUUCAGUUCGAUCUCUUUCAUUCUCCACGAACUUUGUAAUCGCCAUGGUUCCUGAAUUGAAAAGUGCUAGUGGACACGGCCUUGCCUUUGUCAUCUCACAAUCUACGGAUUUCAGCCGUGCGGAGGCAGUUCAAUAUCUGGGACUCUUUAGUGCUACAAACAAUGGCAAUUCUGCAAAUCACAUCUUCGCAGUUGAGUUUGAUACUAUCCAGAGUCUUGACAUGAAGGAUAUAGAUAACAAUCAUGUGGGAAUUGAUGUGAAUAGCGUGAUAUCCAACCGAUCCAUACCAGCAGCAUAUUUUUCCAAUAAAGAAAGGAAGAAUAAAAGCUUGAAUCUCAUCAGUGGAGAUCCAAUACAGGUUUGGAUAGACUACAGUGAUGGAGAAAAACUACUCAAUGUAACCUUGGCACCAACGACAAGCCCAAAACCAUACCAGCCUCUCUUGUCAACAUCAAUCGAUCUCACUGGUAUUCUACUUGACACUAUGUAUGUUGGUUUCUCGGCAGCAACAGGUACAAUUGCAAAUAACAAACAUUAUAUUCUGGGAUGGAGCUUCAACAGAAGUGGACAAGCACAAAGCCUUGACAUAUCAGGGCUUCCAAAACUUCCCAAAGUUGGAGGAAGAACAAAAACAGUACUUCGAUUGAUUAUGAUCAUAGCAGCUGCGCUUUUGCUGUUAAUAAUCACUGGAGCAACAUAUGUUUACAGGAAGAAGAAAUAUGAAGAAAUAAAUGAAGACUGGGAAAAGGAGUAUGGACCUCAAAGGUUCUCUUACAAGACUCUCUACAAAGCAACCAAAGGCUUCAAAGACAAACAACUUCUUGGAUCUGGAGGUUUUGGAAAGGUAUAUAAAGGUACCCUCCCUUUUUCUGAUGAAGAAAUAGCGGUCAAGAAAGUAUCCCAUGAAUCAGAUCAGGGGAUGAAGGAAUUUGUCUCUGAGAUUGUUAGCAUGGGAAGGCUAAGGCAUAGGAAUUUGGUGCGGCUUCGUGGCUAUUGCAGGCGAAAGAAAGAACUCCUUUUGGUCUAUGAUUAUAUGGCAAAUGGAAGCCUUGACAAAUUCCUCUUCAACGAUGACAAUCCAAACCUUAAUUGGUCUCAAAGGUUUCAAAUCAUCAGAGGGGUGGCAGAUGCUCUUCUUUAUCUCCAUGAAGGAUGGGAACAAGUUGUUCUCCAUAGAGAUAUCAAAGCUAGCAAUGUUCUUUUAGAUUCCAAUCUAAAUGGACGGCUAGGAGAUUUUGGCCUUGCUAGAUUGUAUGAUCGUGAUGGUGAUCCACAAACCACACGCCUAGUAGGGACUUUAGGAUAUCUGGAUCCCGAACUUGCCAGAACUGGGAAGGCUACUGAAACUGCUGAUGUCUUUGCUUUCGGGGCUUUUCUGCUAGAGGUGGCUUGUGGGAGGAAGCCUUUUGAUCCUAACCUACAUCCCGAAGACAUUUUUCUAGUUGACUUGGUCGGUAGGUGCUGGAAAAGAGGUAUUAUACUUGAUGCUAGUGAUCCUAGAUUACAAGGUAAUUAUGUGGUGGAAGAGAUGGAGAAAGUUUUGAAACUAGGCCUGCUUUGCUCCAAUUCCAGGCCAGAUCUGAGACCUACCAUUAAGGAAGUGGAGCAGUAUCUUGUUGGCAAUGCCAGUUUGCCUGAUAUACAUCUUGACAGUGCCCAAAAUAGACCAUCUUCUAUCCUCGAAACUUUAUCACUUGAUCACAGCACUGAAACAAACACGUCCAUGGCAAACAACUCGGAAUCUAAUUGUAUAAUUUCUUGUUCUUCAUCUGUUGAGAGGGGCGUUUCUCUGAAUUCCUUGUCGAGUACGGAGACAGUUCUCCGUAUAGGUCGCUGAGGCAUCCAUUUUUCUUGUCAAAGCUUUAGACACCUCAAAACGUUAACAGAUAAAGCUUAGUGGAAGGGUGGAGAGCUGAAGGAAGAAUUGUAAAUGUUGUACAUUGUAAUAACUUAUUCCUUCUUUUUGAAAUUUUAGAACUGAUUUUUUUCAUGUAUGUUAUCUUAAAUUGUUUCAUGGAAUCCUUUCACAACGUUCUAAUUUCCUCAAUUUAAUGACAGUAGUAAAGAAACAUCAAUUUUAUCCACCCUCGAACAACAAAAUCUUCCCAGUUAAACUCUACACCUAGAAAGCUAAAAAUUUCAUGAAUUCAACAGUCAAUGCUAGGCAACUGACCUACUUUGGGUCAAAUUUUGUUCCACAAGUCGAUUACUAUUAACCAUUAAGAAUUGUCAUUACCCCUGGGAAUAACAUGGAAAACGUGUCUCAAAAAAGGUAAAUUAGCGGCGGUCUAAGUCCACUUAGGAAUUUCCCCAUUAAAAAAGGGGAAAAGAAUGAGCUUUACUUCAUCUCACUUGACUGACAAAUGAAUAAUCAACAUGUAGAAUUAGUGGCGGUCCAAGUUCACUCAUAAA